GAAAGAUUAUGGUGUAUGCGUAAGGGAGAUGAUCCAAAAAUCUGUGUAUAUCUAUCCAAAUAUGGUUACAUGGAGGAAAUAGAUAUGGAUUCAUCUGCGCCAAUAAUUAAAGCUAGUGAGCUGGUAGAAAGUUUGAAACAAUUUCAAAGUUUCAUGGGUCUUCCCGUUACAGGUAGAUUAAAUAAAGCUACAAUAAAAAUGAUGAGCAUGGCAAGGUGCGGAGUCAAGGAUAUAACAGCUCGUACACAACAAAGAGUUAAACGGUUCGCCAUGCAAGGGAGUACUUGGAAGAAGAAACACAUAACUUAUAGAAUCAAUAAGUACCCUAAGAAUCUGAGGAAGGAGGAUGUCGACAUCAUGGUACAUAAAGCCUUCAAUUUGUGGUCAAAUCACAGUGAGCUGACAUUCGAGGCUUGUAAAAACUCCAGUAGAAUAGUUGAUAUUGAUAUUGCCUUCGUCAAAGGAAAGCAUGGAGACGAUACAUCAUUUGAGGGACCUGGUGGUAUUCUAGCUCAUGCGUUUUUCCCACAAUUCGGCGGUGAUGUUCAUUUUGAUGACUCCGAGACUUGGACCAUCAACUCGGUGGAGGGAACUAACCUUCUACAAGUUGCCAAUCAUGAAAUAGGACAUUCAUUGGGCUUGAGUCAUUCGGAGGAACUCUCAGCAUCAAUGUCCCCUUUGUAUAAUGAUUACAUCCCGGAUUUCAUGCUCCAUAUGGACGAUAUACAGGGUAUACAAAAAUUGUAUGGGAAAAAAACGAUUCAAAAACCACGGAAGUUAGAAAAGACAUCUCAAGAGAUAUGGGACGACUACUGGAAUGGACUCCCUGAUUUGUGAAUUUUUGAAAUGGACAUUGCAGAAGUUUCCUAACAUUUCUUUCAGAAGUUGAAAAAAAAAAUUUUGGGAAUAAAC